CCAACAGCAGGCUGCAAGAACACAGGGUAUUUUAUGUUUGCAUAUAAGGAACAAAGAAAUAAGAAAAAAGGAGCGGCAAUGCAGGUCUUAGUCUACUUGAUUAUACUCUGCCUUUCGGUUCUAAAAGGAAGUGUGAUAUCUGAAAAUGCAAAGGCACCCACUGAUUACAAGAUGGUAAGACAGGGGCAAAAUCUCAUGCUGAACUGCACCUACAACUGCUCGUCUGGAUUUGUCCGUGGCUCCUGGAGGACAGAGUCUGAUAUCUCUCCUUGUAACACAACUAAAAGUAAUGCCAGCUAUUGCACUGUGUCCAUCUGCCUAUCAAACAUUUCUACUCAAGAUACAGAGAAGAACUACAGAUGCUACACAGAAGACACGGAAGACCCUGAACUCACAAAAACAACAGUUCACACUGUUUUCCUUCGACUUCAAGCUCAAGACACUGUCUCAAACUGGACAAGUAACCCAAACCUUCUUCUUGAAAAUACAUCGCUUGCUACUGAAUCAGGGACUUCAAACAAAGGACAGUUUAAUGUAAUGAAGGUUUUGGCAGCGGUAACCGUCACAGUGGCCAUGGUUCUUGCAGCUUUGGCCGUCUUCUUGUGCGUAAAUCACAACAAGUCGAUCUGGAAGGGUAGAGGGCAGCGGGUUGUGUCCAAAUCAUGCUCAUCACAAUCCCCAAAUGCUGUCCUCCUACCAGUAAAAGGCACGCUAUCGACACAAAGUGAGAAAAUAACCUUACGAAUUCCUCCGCCUGACAAUGAGGGGGACACAGAGGUUCCAUAUGCGGACAUAAUGAUCACCAUCCGAGGGGUCAGUACACCCGAGCUCACUAAGGUUGGCUACUUAGGAACAGGAGAGUGGCGGGGCGAUGAACCAAGAUGCCACCUGCAGGCCUCGCGUUCAGCUGACAGGCUGCAUGUUCCCCAGCCCAGAGAGGUCAGCCGCAAGAUGAGCACCAACUCCGAGUAUGCGGUUAUCACAUAUGCCUGACUAUAAGCACUUCAGCCAGCCUUUCUUUGGACCAUGUGGUCCAGGAAGCAUCCACUGUACCUCGGUAAAAUUUUCCAAUCACAAUUUCAUAAACUUACACUUAAACUGUGUAAAUUGUGAUUCAAAUACUCCUGUUAAUGCUUGUUUUUGCAAGGUCCAUUCCAUCAAGGGCUGCUUAAAAUGCAGAAGUGAUAAAACACAAAUAGAGAGUAAUCAUCUACAACAAAGCACAGGUGCUUUCUUGUUUUGCUGAUGCUUUUCACUCUGACAACGGCAGGCCUACAUAUGGACAGCAUGCAUUAAGUGUAUAAGUUGAUACAGUUAAAUUUUAAUGCAUUCUUUUUAUCUUCAAAUGGAUCCCUCUAAAGGGACAAAUAAUUUGACUUGAGAAAAAUCGUUUCAAAGAUGGUUUUGUACAAUUAAAAGAUAAAUCCUGAACAAAGCCCCAAAAAUACUCACAACAUAAUAUGUUUCUGCUAAUCCACAUACAUUCUGAGUUGUCUUUUCUUGGGAUUUUGUAGAAGAAGCAUUUUGUUCACAUAACCUCUGUGCCAGGGAUACAUUAGCCUACACACAGCUAUUUCAGCACCCAGUAGAGGCUUAUCGUGCAGGUUUACUGUGAAGGGAGAACGGAGAAUAGAUACUUAUGCGUCUUCUCUGGUUAAGAUGUUGUAAAUAGUCUUGUGCAUACAAAAAAAAAGGGAAAUCUAUUUUUCUACAGCAGAUAAAGAACUUAAAAUAAAACUUCUUGAAUAAGGAAAUUGAGCAAAAUUUUUUUUUUCAAAAUCAGGAUUCUAAAAGUAAUAAUUGUGCCAAUCUGAUAACUGAAUAACUGUAAGAACGACUGACUCAUUGUAAAUAGAAUACAAAUAUAAAUACAUUAAAUGUUUCAGCAGAUGAAAUCCACAUGUAUAGCACAUUGUUAAUACAGUGUUUUAUGUAUAGUAAAUGUUCACAAUAUUUAUGAUAUGUAUUUACUCUUUCAAACUCGAAAGCCCCAAGUUAAGCAAACCGAGAUUUUUUUAAAGUUAAUUAAGUUAAUUUGUAGAAGAAGACUUGAAAACAUUCAAAAAGCAACUUGUUUUUGUCUAGAUAUGAUCCUCCCUUAUGAGCAGCUUAGCUAGGUUUUGGUGUUCUUUGAAAAAAUUCAGGACUACCGCAGUAACCUAUUGUUUGAAAACAUUUUAAAUUACUCAUGUUCUCUUUUUCAAUAAAAAAAGAAGAAAACAGGGAUAAUCAAUAAUCAAUUUUUCAUAAAAAGCUAUUUUAUGUUAAUCUUAUACAAUUGUGGAAGUCAUUUUUUGCAAUAUACGCUUCAGUAUUAUUUAAUUUUUUUACACACAUUUAUUUAAAUAAAUGUUUUUAUGAAUGUAACAAUGAUUUUUUUUCCCUCUAAGUCUAUCAAAAAUACAAAAAAAAAUGUUUAUGGGUA